CAUGAAACUAAAGGCCCAACUAUAGAAUAAAGGCCCAAUCUAAACCCGUAAAAACUAGGGUUUGGUUAUAUUAUAGGUUCCUCUUUCGUUUUGAGCUAAACACUGCCGAAAAACCUUCACAAUCUCAAGGGUUUAGGGUUAUCAGAAGCUGAAAAUGGUGGAGAAGGGUGCAGGUGGUAGAAAAGAGGAGGUUGUUACCAGGGAGUACACAAUCAACCUCCACAAGCGUCUUCAUGGCUGCACCUUCAAGAAGAAGGCACCAAAAGCUAUCAAGGAGAUAAGGAAAUUUGCUCAAAAAGCCAUGGGCACUAACGAUGUUAGAGUCGAUGUCAAGUUGAACAAGGCUAUCUGGAGCCAAGGAAUUAGAAGUGUACCAAGGAGGGUCAGAGUACGCAUUGCUCGCAAGAGGAACGAUGAUGAAGAUGCAAAGGAGGAAUUGUACUCCCUUGUUACCGUUGUUGAAAUUCCCAAGGAAGAACUAAAAGGUUUGGGCACCAAGGUCAUAGAUGAUGAAGAUUGAUUUCUUGUUUGUCUAUCUGUUUUGAAGCUUGGAGAAACAUAUAUCUAGUUUUUUUUUGCUUUAUUCAAUUAAGUAUUGUCUUAAGAUUGUUAAAGUGCUAAUUUUGUUUAGACAUGAGAUGUUUUUAUAUAUCACCUGUUUUUGUGUUUCCA